CCACUACGGUAGACUCAGAUGUGGAUCAAAGAGAUGACAUGCCUACGAUUCGAUUCACAAAUGUUCAAGACCUCCUCAAGGUGGUCAGACAGGUCCAGGGUGACUUUCUCAUUGUUAAGAAAGUCCCUCCUGCUGAUUUCGAGAGGCUAUGUUCCCGAGAAAAACGCCCUUGUCGCAUCCGCCGGUACCAUGCAAACCAGGGUCUUCUAAUUCUUACAAUCCCUACCUGCCUACACGAAACACUUCACCUUGAGCUCUGGAAUCUAUAUCGCGACAAGCUUGUCAGGAAAAAUCAAGACAGAGGUUGGAGACCAAUUGGUAGUACUACCUUUCGACCGCGAGGUCACCCUGAAGGUGAUGUUGGAGAAGGCGACUCAAGUGGUUGCCCAAGGCCAGUACGUAGUUCUCCAGGCUCCUGGCCAACGCUGGUCAUUGAGGCUGGAGACUCUGAGUCUCUAUCUGCCCUCCGAGAUGAUAUGAGAUGGUGGUUUUUAGCGUCAGACCAUGACGUUAAGAUUGUACUUCUCGCCAAGUUUGAUCACGGGAACCAAAGGAUCAUCAUCGAGAGAUGGGAAGAAGAGUUACAGAUUCGCCAAGGAGCUACGAAUACACGACGGUCGACUAAUGGUAAUACUUUCCAACCGGUAUUACGGCAGAGUAUCGCCAUUAUACGGGAUAUAACCACCAAUUCGUACCAUGUUACUAGCGGUGCACUGGUACUUUCGUUUCGGCUUCUCUUUCUGCGAGGUCCUGGUCCGCAAGAGGGCGAUUUUAUUAUCAGUGUCCCAGAGCUGGCGACUUAUGCACGGAACGUCUGGGAGAGGGUUGAAGACUGAGCGGAUAGGUUGGUAGCUAAUCAGAAAUCGGGACCCCAAACAUCGACACGGAUAUUACAGGUACCUGCCCAGGGCCAAAGCGCCAGGCAUGACGUAUUCGUACGAAGACGAACGAGACGUCGGCGCGCCUCUUCGACGCGUAGGGGGCAGAUCAGUAGGUUACUUAAUGGAGGAUAGGUUCGAUUCCUAACAGCGCUACUUGGUAGUCUUCGCUAUUUGGCUCAUCUGGGGCUAAGGCGUGUGCAUGUAUGUAUUUCGUAUCUACAG